AUGGACGCGGCACUGCUCCACAGCCUGUUGGAGGUUAACUGCAGCCUGGCGCUGGCCGAAGAGCUGCUCUUGGACGGCUGGGGGCCACCCCUGGACCCCGAGGGUCCCUACUCCUACUGCAACACGACCUUGGACCAGAUCGGAACGUGCUGGCCCCGCAGCGCUGCCGGAGCCCUCGUGGAGAGGCCGUGCCCCGAGUACUUCAACGGCGUCAAGUACAACACGACCCGGAAUGCCUAUCGAGAAUGCUUGGAGAAUGGGACGUGGGCCUCAAAGAUCAACUACUCACAGUGUGAGCCCAUUUUGGAUGACAAGGAGCAUCCGCUGUCUGCGGAAUGUGAUUCACUGGAACCUCAUCACCACCUUUAUCCUGCGAAAUGUCAUGUGGUUCCUGCUGCAGCUCAUCGACCAUGA